AUGCAAACUGUGCUCAUCUUGCAGGCAAUUAGAGAUCUGGCGCUGGUACAUCACGACAGCAGCAGUGUUACCAUGGAGACUGGCAAGCUGGGAUUUGUGACUGCUCCAGUGUACAGGAGCUCAGCCACAGGACAGAUAUUGAGAAAGAUGGAUAUCCAGACCCCACUGACAGCUGUUUACAUCCAGACAGUGUCUGCUCUGACACCACAGCCGUACCCACAGCCACAGCCUCCAGCAGCUCCCCAGGGGUCAGCCACCCUCCAUCUGGCUGUGCCUCCACACUGCUCCAAAGACACUUUUCCCUUUCUGACAUUCCAAAUAGCCGGUGGACUGCAGUCCCAACAGCCAGGAUUGAACCUGACAUCCACCAUUCCUGUGGUUAAACACAAGUCUGCAGGAAAGCAUGUGUGUCCUCACUGUGGCAGGGACUGCAUGAAGCCCAGUGUGCUGGAGAAGCACCUCCGUUGCCACACUGGGGAGCGGCCCUACCCCUGCACCACCUGCCGAGUCUCUUUCAAAACACAGAGCAACCUGUACAAGCAUAAGCGCACCCAAGUCCACGCCCGCCUCUCAUCCGAGUCAGAGCAGAGUAGCCUGGGAAGUCAGGACAGCCUGUAUAGCUCCAGUUUGUCUCUGGAGAGCUGCAGCGAGGAGCCAGGGAGUCAGGAGAGGGACAUCACAGAGACCUCCAGUCCAUCCAACAUUGUGCAGGACUGCUCUGUUAAAACACCAGUUCCAGAUACAGGCUGGGCUCCUGUCAGUGACUUGGCCAGUAAGCAGAAUGAGUCAUGUUGCCCUGUUCAGACAACAAAGUCAAAUGAAUGUAUGGAAAUAAUGAAUGGGGAGGAAGAACAGAAAAGGAUGGAAAACGGAAAGUCCCCUCUGACUCCACAGCGACAUCUUCCACUUCAGAGACAGGAGGCCACUCUGUUCUCCAAGCAGUGGGAGAGCUCUGUAUCCAGAGGGAAAUCACAGAGCCACGAGAGCACUGACUCUGGCUUCAGCGAGAGUAGUGAUCAGUAUCAAAGCCCCAGCAAUGUUAUGCCUAACGACAGCAUGGAUUCAUUUACAGAUCCCAACGGGGAGUGUCCUCAACAGACUAGCAGCUCACACACAACAGCAGAGAAGGGCCACAGCAGACAGGAGGCUAAAGAUGGUGUAUCCAAGCAGGAGCAGAAGACACUUGAGGAGCGCAUCACCAAACUGAUUUCAGAGAAUUCUGCCGUUGUGGAAGAUAAACAGCUGGAGAAUGUGAGACCACGGAAGACUGUGCUGUCGAAGCAGGGAAGCAUUGACCUCCCAAUGCCUUACACAUACAAAGAUUCAUUUCACUUUGACAUGAAGAAGGCUUCUAAUGUUGAGCCUCAGAGAAACAGGAAACCCAGUUUGUAUAACUCUGUGCCCACCCAGUGCGCCACAGAACACACCUCCUUGACCAGGAGCACAUCCCUGCCCUUCAGUGUUACCCUCCUUCAAACAGAGAGGAGAAGCCCAACGUCUGCCUAUCAGAGGGAUUAUGUCACACUCCCCCAAGGGGGAAGCUUGGGCCAGAUCAGCUCGACAGAUUUUGCCAUAAAGUCUGUGGACCAGCAGGUGUCCACUCACCGCCCGCUGGUUCGACAGGCAGCCGUGGACUGCAACCACACAACAGAAGGCCUUUUCGUGAAUACAUCUGUGGAGGAGGCCUGCUCUAGCAGUCUCAGCUGCGACGGGGACAGAAGUGACAUUUGUGGAGAGCCAAGCAACAGAAAGUGUCGCAGGAGGAAAGCACAAAAGUUUGCCUAUAACAAAUGGUACAUGUAUGGGGGAGGGACAUUUAAAAAGCUCUACAAUGCAGAAAAAAGCUGCGAUAACAGUGGUUUCAAAGCCAGGAAAUCACUGUCGAAGCCAGAGCAUGAUGUUUUUCAGGAUCAGUUGAACUCUGUAAACACAGUGGCUGCUGGCCCGAACACCUCGAUUGUACCGUGUCCCAUGGUGUCAUCUGACUCUGCACUGCCGGCUGCUCAGAAUGUGUUUCAUGUGCACACAGCAGGUCUCCAGAUCUGCCUACAAAUCAUAUCUGACGAGCAGCUAGCACUCAUAGAACCUCAGAUUGAGAGGCAGGGACAUGUGACAGAGACAAGCCUGUCACAGGGAAAUAACUCAGAAGCAGUGGCACCAGAGGUUAUCCCGAAUAAUGUAUACUCUAUUGAUAUGGAGAGGCCUAAAGAGGGAGUCUCACCGACAGGACGUGCAGCCCAGGAGGAGCCGGUGACACGAGGCCAACGAGGGACCCGUGGGCAGCCAGACAGCCCAGACUGGGAGCUGAAGCAGAGCCAGGACACCAAAACAGACCACCAAUGUUUGGUGGGGCAGGAGAUCAGAGGAGUGGCAGGAAAGGAUGAGAAUGGAGGAAUGAGGAGUUCUGAGGCAGAGGAGGUACCAGAGCAGUGGGGGAAACCAGAGUCUAAAGGUGGACGCAGCUGUCUGUCCUGCAUGAUCAAGCCAGAGGUGUGUAAAGUAAAAGCAGCAAUUGGCGAAAAGUAA